AGCGAAAAAGCGAUAAAGGUGUAAAGAAAUUUAAAUUUCCAAUCUAAUUUACAUUCACCAGCGGCACAGAAACCAUCGCCGUGAAAGGAUAAUGUGUCUUUUUCAGUGAACAGGCCUCAAGAUUCGUCAUGACGUUUUAUGAAAACUAUUUCGAGGCCUCUAUGCCGAACCUUCCCGGCUACGAGUUUGUUCUGGACGACAGUCCGGCCUGUCACCAGUCCCUGAAAUACUGGACUGAUCGAGCCGCUGAGAUAAGUCCGGCAUUAUCCAAACUUACAGGCACAGUGGAGUCAUACUACACUACUGGAAUGCAACACAGCAAGGCUGCAGCUGGGUUUGGCACUUCUCUUUUAGAUGUAGCCAAGGCAGUUGAAAAUGACAAGGACAUCAGCGAACCAAUAAUGAAGUUUGCAGACAUGCUUCAGAGAAUAGAGUGCUACAGGGACAUGUUCCUGAGUCAAACACAGAUCCUAACUUUACAGCCACUGGCUGCUCUGACCAAAGAGUUUGAAAAAGCUAAGGACCUCCAAACUCAAAUGCAGAAAGCCAGAGAUGCUUUGCACCUUUCCUGGGAAAAGUAUUCCAGUCUUUCACAUCUAAGUAACUUACAGGAGCCCUCUGUAUUGGACAAACUUGCACAUGGCAUGUUGCAUGCCAGGCAUAAUUAUCAGCGGAUCCUACUCAAGUAUGUAUCAACUCUGAGGGACAUCCACACUUUAAAGAAGGUGAUAAUUCUCCAAAAAGUUCUUGAACACAUGCUUGCCCAGUUUUCCUUCUUCAAUUUUGCAUACCAGGUAGAAAAAUGGACUACUUCAUUAAAUAAAGGUUGGAUUCUUUUUCUUCUGUGUAUGCAUACUAGGUCAGCAACCUUAGGUCAUUCUGUCAAUACUGUGAAUGCACAGGCUGGGAAAUUCUUCAACAAAAUUGGGGAUUUGAUACAAGGCAGUAUGGCAGGAUCCAAGAAAUCUGGCAAGGAUCAACAGCGCCAGGAUCACGAAUGGGAGGUGGUUGAGAAGCCUGCACAGUCAUCAUCUCCACAAGUCAGUAGAAAGGAUGAGACGUCCUCAUCUACACAAGGAAAACCCCGCCCUGAACCACCGACCAGCUUACCAUCAUCUCCAGCCAAGAAAAAGGAAAGCUCGUCAGCUACCCCUGAAGAUGAUGCUCAAGAAAAAGUAAUUAAAGUUGUGCCAGAUGAUCUUCUUAGCCCAAGUUCUGAAGUAACUCCACAAAACAGAAAUGUCGAGCAAACAGAUGAAUCAAGGCCUAUCCAAAUAUCAACAGGGAAAGGUACUCAAGUCACUUCUUCACAUGGAUGGGAGCAGUGUAAAAGAGGUUAUUUAAGGAUAAAACAGAAGGGAUUUCCUAAGUCAAGAUGGCCACUACUGUACUUCAUAGUAGACCAUAAGGAUGGAAGGUUGUUAGCUCAGGGACAAGAACAGCUCAGUCCAUCAGUAAUGGAGAAUCUACUUCUAUGCACAGUGAAGUUUUGUUCUGCAGCUGAUGCUGACAGAAAUAACUGUUUUCAGCUUAUAUCUCCAAGUAGUGAAAGAAUAUUCCAAGCAGUGACAGAGCAAGAAGUACAGGAAUGGGUGACAGCCAUUCAGGUAAGAGCUGAUCUUCUCUUCUACAGUUUUCAAUAUGUGUUGCCUUAUUUUCAAGCAUCCUGUGAAACAUUUGAGUGGUGGGGGGNAUCACAAGCUGACAGAUCAAGCCACUCUGCUGCCAAUGCAAAGAAAGUAUUUGUGCUUAAUGCCUCAGAGAGAAUUAGAAAGAUCGAAGGCAAUUCCUAUUGUGCAGACUGCUCUGCACCAAGACCAGACUGGGCGAGUAUUAACCUAGGAAUCUUAGUUUGUAUUGAAUGUUCUGGAAUCCAUCGCAGCCUUGGAGUGCAUGUGUCUAAAGUAAGAUCACUUACGUUAGACAAAUGGGAGGAACCAACUGUGAAGUUCAUGGAAGCUAUGGGUAAUGAUAAAGUGAACAGAAUAUAUGAAGGCAAUCUUGGAGAAUGUCCGAAACCCACAAGAGAUUGCACAAAGGAGGAGAGGCAAAACUUCAUUCGCUCAAAAUACAUAGAUCGCCAUUUUUACAUGGCUGAGGAAAGUCCAGAUCAGGAAUUCCAUGCAGUGAUGAAAAACAGGCCACCAGGAGAAGAUGAAGAUGAACUUUUUAAUGACUCUGCAGAGUUCCUUGAUUUCCUGCAAGAGAGAAGUCUAAACCGAGGAAGUCCAGUUUGUCUUGUAGAAGACUGCAAGGAAUGUCCUCCAUCUUCUUGUACCCAUAAAGGACAGUUUGCCUCUUCACAGCUGAUUGUUACAGCUGAAGAAGGAGAAGAAAGUGAAUGUUAACUUAGAAUACAACAUAAAAUACGAAACUUAAUGCUAUUUAUAAUUUUAUUGCUUCAUCCCAAGAAAUGAAGGUGUAGGUGAAACAUGUCAUUGAAUGUAAAAUUAUGGUAACAAUUGUUGUAAGGACAAUGUACAUAUCUAAAUUCACUAGCUUGAUUUAGAUCACCAGGCAAGGCUCCAGAAGUGUUGUGUUAUGUGAUGUCCCACGUAACAAAUUCAAACAAGACAUAUAAUUAUAUGUUAUUUUCUGGCCAGGAGGUCUGUAUUGGAAAAAACAGCACUCAAGAUCAAGGGCACAGUUUUUCCUAAUGCAGACCAAACAACGCCAGCAAAUAACAUGUUUAAUUUUUUCUCUACAGUAUUGCUUUGGAAGCAACUUUUGUGUUGAAUUAUUUUGAGGGUUACUGUAUUCCUGUAGAGGUGUCUCAUGUCCAAGGGAUGUAGUGCAUCCGGUUUAAACUGUAAAUACCUAAAACCCUUUAUCAAAUUAAAGCUUAGGCUAUCAAACUAUACCAAGAUUUUUUAAAUAAAAUAAAUUAUCGAAUUUUUUACCUCUAAAUGCGAUCAUCCAAAUCUCCUUUUGAAAGCUACAAGUUGAAGUGAAUUUUGUUUUUCACUUAUUUAAUUUGUUCCUCAGUUUCCAGCCCCAAAGCACUAAAAACCUGUCUGCGAUUUGCCAUAUUCAAUUUCAGUGAAAAGUUGCAGAACAUUAUCAAAAUAGGAUUAAAAAAUAUGGAGUGACUAUAUAAAAAUCGCUCUCCAACAAAAAA